AUGCUCCACCUGAGGUCCAGCUCCGAUCCACCACUGAGUCCCUCGACGCUGGGUUCCUGGGAUCUGCCUGUCUUGACUAGUCGGCCGGUGACGCCUCUGGCGCUGCAGCCACACAAUGCCGACGCCUAUGUGAAGAGGCCUCUGCCGCCUCUGCCCCCCAUGAGCAACAGCAACAACAACAACAACAACAACAACAGCUCGGCUGUUGUUCCGCCUCCUCUCAAGAUCAACAAGCGCGGGAGCAAACCAGCUGCCCUGCCAGUGGGGCCGGGACCGAAGAAUGCGCCGCAAAUUGAAGCUGCAGCUGAGAGACGAAUCGCCUCGCCCUCGCUCUCGCCCCGCCAAGCCCCGAGCACCCCCGUCAAGAACGCCCAUCCCGCUCGCCAGUCGAAUCUCCCCAGCCCUGUGGCUAGCCUUAGGCACCGAAAGUCAAAGAAGGUGCUGCAGCUCAUGGGGCUCGACGUCGACGCUCCGAAUCUCGUCGGCAUCACUUCCCAGGCGACCGAGAAGGAGGCCGUCAUUCGAAGCAGCCGAAGCUUUGAGGACCCAUCUGCCCCGAAUCAGGCCGCUCUUUUGCAGCUUCCAGAGGAAGCGCUCAUCCCUGUUUUGGAAGACGACGAUGGCAUGACCAGCUUGUCCAGCAAGAAGAGCUCUUGGGGGCCGGGAUCGCCGCACUCGACGUCUGCAUUCCCCCUGGGCUCUAAGAAUUCUGUUCGUCGCCGCCGAAGCGCCCGGAUCUUUGACCAGGAUGGCUUAGGCCAUCUUGCGGCGCAGGAGGAUAGUUUCAUGCCAUCAAACGAGGAGGAGGAAGAGCAAGGUGAGGACAGUGAGGACGACAUGGCCGAGUAUCACAAGUUUGCUGUCGAGCUGGCCACUUCGGCGGUGCCAAAGACUAGCCUCGAUGAGGUCAAUGCCGCGGAGUCCAUGGGCAGGCGGUCUUCCAUCUUGAGCUUCAAAUCAGGCUCUCACUUCUCUCGCCUCCGAAGGAAAGCAACCACUUCCGUUCGGCCAACAACUGCUGAUCCGCACUCGCACUCCAGGAGAGUGGGCAGCAGCGGUUCAGUCGAGAUACCUCCUGUUCCCGCUCUUCCACCCGCUGAGCCCGAGGAGCCCUCUGUACCCAAGAGUGCAUUUGAUGACAGCGACUCGGAUAGCGACUCGCGGCCAAACAGCAGGAGCCGAUGGCGCCGAGACCGCUCUUCACACAAGGAAGAACGAGGCAGAGACUCGCCGGCCAUGGUGCGUCGAGACGACGAGUCGAGCCUGUCGCGAGGAUGGGCGAAGACAGGGGAUCAAAUGGGCCGGCUGCUGACCGUCGGUAGAAGACGACAACAAGCUAAGCCAGAGGUGGGCGCCGUGAGCGAGAAUGUUUUUGCGUAA